UCCCUUCUAAUCAACUCCGACACGAUGCCAAAGGGAUAUUUUUUUGAAGAUAAGUUCAGCCAAUCGAAGGAUUUGGAUAAGAACGUACAAACCAUAAGUCAUCAACUCCAAAGAGUCCGAAAUUGUUUCAAGGUGGGAGUCCUAAUGCAUAAAAGGUAUGAAUUUAGACUUUAAAUGGGGUAAAGGUGCUAAAAGAUUGGUCCUAAAAAGAAUUAUCCAAGAGUUCGUUCACCUAUUCUCACUAGAGCUCUUGCAAGGAAGAUGGCUGACGAAGCUAAUUUAGACAAGGUCGCUUUAGAAAAUCGUGUUGAAAAUAUGGGAAAUACUUUGAAGGAAUUGAUGGCUUUCUUCCAAUAUCUUCAAGCAACCUUAGUCACAAGGGCACCUUUGACAACAAAUCCCUUGUUUGAAGGAAAUGUUUCUGUGGCAAAUCUCCCUAUCGCCAUAUCUACUCUUGGAAAGGAGCCAAUGUCAUCUUGCCCACCAAAUCCAACUAUUGGCAGAACUUCUGGAACAAAGCUAUUUGAUCUAAAUGCUGGUGUUGCUACAGCCCAAUCUAAUGAUCAAGAAGAGACUCACGUUGUCAAGUCAAUCACAGAGGAUGAAGACAAGGCAAUUAAAGCGAAGGUGCAGUUGAUGGAGGAAACACUAAAAUCGAUGCAAAGUGUCCAAACCGAUAAACCGGUUGACAUCUCAUCUUUGUGUUUUUUCCCAAACAUUCAAUUGCCCCAUAAGAAGAUGGCUCCUUAUGCCAAUGAUGAGAAGCUAAUGAUACAUUACAUUCAGGACAGUCUAACACGUCUUGCAGAUGCUUGGUUCUCAACUUUAGACAAGACUCCUAGUGGAGAGGAUCUUCAAAAGACAGAAAAGAAACCAAGUGAGAGCUUUAAGGAAUUUGCACAGAGAUGGCGUGGAUUGGCUGCUCGAGUUCAACCUCCACUAACUGACCAUGAAUUGAGUAAUUUAUUCAUCAAGUCAACCAAAGGGCCUUAUCGUGAGAAGUUAAUAACUUGUGUGAAUUACACUUUUGCUCACUUGGUUGUUGUGGGAGAACAAGUGGAGGAUGGAAUCAAGUCUGGAAUUAUCAUGGAUUAUCAAGCAAUGAAGAGUCUCCUUGAACAAUACCAAAAUGAUAGUUUAGGGGUUUCUAGUUCAAAGAAAGUGGGCCAGAAUCAAAAGAAGGAGAAUGAGAAUAACACUAUAAGUUCAGUUUAUGAGGCGCAUAAUCAGUCACGGGGGUAGUUCAACAAUCGGUUCCAAGCUCCAACUUAUCAAUCAACGGCUUUCACAAGUCAAUCAAGGCCCGUUUAUGCC